CCUGCCACCAUGAGCGCCGAUGAUGACGCUGAGUGGCUGCAGUGGAUGACCAAGCAGUUUGAGAGCAUCGCUGGCGAGGACAAAGAAAUCGACCUGGAAGAGUUCAAGACGGCGCUUAAAGUGAAGGAGUCUUUCUUUGCAGAGAGAUUUUUUGCCCUGUUUGACUCAGACGAGAGUGGAACCAUCAGUUUAGAUGAGCUACUGAAAGCCUUGAACCUGCUCAUACAUGGAAAUGAGACAGACAAGCUGAGAUUCCUCUUCCAAGUUUACGAUGUGGACGGUAGCGGCUCCAUCGACCCAGAUGAGUUGCACACGGUCCUGAAGUCCUGCCUGCGGGAGAGCGCCAUCUCCUUGCCAGAGGAGAAGCUGGAUGACCUGACACUGGCACUUUUCGAAUCGGCCGACAAGGACCACAGCGGCUCCAUCACCUUCGAGGAGCUCAAGGAGGAGCUGGAACGUUUCCCGGAGGUGAUGGAGAACCUGACCAUAAGCGCUGCCAACUGGCUCAAGCCCCCCGCGCACAAGAAACCGAGCCGCCGGCCGCGCUACCUCACCCCGGCGUACUGGCACAACAACCGGAGCAAGCUCCUCUUCCUGGGCACCUACGUGGGCACCAACAUCCUCCUCUUCGUCCUCGCCGCGCUCCGGCACGCGGGUGCCGGGGGCUGGGUGCAGGUGGCUCGGGGGUGCGGGCAGUGCCUCAACUUCAACUGCACCUUCAUUGGCGUGCUCAUGCUGCGGCGGUGCCUCACCUGGCUGCGAGCCACCUGGGUGGCCAAAGUGCUGCCGCUGGACCAGAACGUUGUCUUCCACCAGCUCGUGGGGUACGUGGUGGCCGCGCUCGCCACCGUCCACACCGGCGCCCACGUGGGCAACUUCGCCAGGCUGGCUCAGACCCAGGCUUGCUAUUCCCUCUGGGAGUACCUGUUCACCACGCGCCCCGGCAUCGGCUGGGUGGGCGGGAGCGCCUCCAUCACGGGGAUCAUCCUGCAGCUCCUCAUCGCCCUGAUGCUCCUGUGCUCCAGCACCUUCGUCCGCAGGAGCGGCCAUUUCGAGGUCUUCUACUGGACUCAUCUCUCCUACAUCCCGCUCUGGGCUUUGCUGAUUCUCCACGGCCCGCAUUUCUGGAAGUGGUUUGUCGUGCCGGGGUGCCUCUUCGUGACGGAGAAGAUCGUUGGCCUCGCUGUGUCGCGCAUCGGGGGGCUGUCCAUCGUGGAAAUCAACCUCCUGCCAUCCAAGGUGACUCAUCUGGUGAUUAAGAGACCACAGUCUUUCCACUACAAGCCCGGAGACUACGUCUACCUGAACAUCCCAGCCAUCGCCGCAUACGAAUGGCAUCCUUUCACCAUCAGCAGUGCUCCUGAACAGCAAGAUACCAUCUGGCUGCAUAUCCGGUCUCUGGGACAAUGGACCAACAGGCUGUACGAGUACGUGAGGCAGCCCGAACCGCCCGGCCUGGCACCAAAACGCUUGACCCGCAGCCUCAGGAAGAAGAGGUGCCAGAAAUGGAUGCAGGAUCUUCUGUUCGGGUCCUCGGGUUCAGCUGGCAUGGUGGCCACCAUGAAGGACGAAGCGAUCGAGUUGACGUCUUACAAACCCACCAAACCUGCCUGCGGAUCUGCAGACCUCACCUGUGCCCAAAAGUCGGAAGAAGAGAUCCUUCAUCCCAGAGAUGUCCCUGCCAAGUCGGGGGGAAACCACCAGUUCUGCAACAUUAAGUGCUAUGUUGACGGCCCCUAUGGUACCCCCACGCGGCGGAUCUUCACUUCAGAGCACGCUGUGCUGAUCGGCGCUGGGAUCGGCAUCACCCCCUUCGCCUCCAUUCUGCAGAGCAUCAUGUACAGGUAUCGCAUGCAGAAGCAGAACUGUCCCAACUGCAGCUACUCGUGGUGCGAGACCCUCAAGGAUGACGACAUGAAGCUCAGGAAGGUCGACUUCAUCUGGAUAAACCGGGACCAGAAAUAUUUUGAGUGGUUCGUCAGCCUGCUGACGAGGCUGGAGAUGGACCAGGCUGACGAGGAGCCUGAAGGCCGCUUCCUAGAGAUGCACAUGUACAUGACGUCCGCCCUGGGCAAGAACGACAUGAAGGCCAUCGGCCUGCAGAUGGCUUUAGACCUCCUGGCGAAGAAAGAAAAGAAGGACUCCAUCACGGGACUGAGGACCAGAACCCAGCCAGGCCGCCCCAACUGGAGCAAGGUCUUUCAGAAGAUUGCAGAGGAGAACAAAGGGAAAGUCCAAGUCUUCUUCUGCGGGUCUCCUGCUCUGGCGAAGGUCGUCAAAGCUCAUUGCGAGCAGUUCAGCUUCCGAUUUUUCAAAGAAAACUUCUAACCCUCUCUGGUGUGGUAGGUGAUGUGCUAUGUCUGUGUUUGCUGCCUGUCUGGAUCGUGCCUGCCUUCCUCUCACCUCAAGCAAUGGGAACAGUUUUAUGUCUGCACAGAGAGUGGUUUCCAAGUCCUUUGCCAAUAAAGAGCACUUGUGCUAUGCUGAACCUGAUGUCUGGCCAGACCUGCUCAAUCCCACUGUCAUCAAAGAUAGUCACACGGGCAUCUCUUGUGUGCUAUGAAGGCUCCAUGGAUAAGGGUGAGCUCCCUGCUUGGGGUAAGAUCAGGGAAGGUGGAGGCAGCACUUCCAACUGGUCCCAAUUAGAGGAACUUCCUGCCCUUGAGAAGCUGCAGAAAUAGGUGGGAGAAUGGGACACUGACGUUGUCACACCGGAUCAACUCCCCAUGCUGAGAUGUCUUGCCCCAGGCAGCAUGCAGGACCUUAGAGAAACCACAAGCAGCACAGCUACGGUAUCACCUGUCCCCAGCCUCCAGCAGUGAAGGUCCAGGAAGCUGUGAAGCAGAGGCCGUGCUCCUCGCUCCUGUGCUCCCUAGCUACAGAUGCCCCUUUCCUCCAAGCACCUGUCCGGUCCCUCGGUGAAUCUGGCUGUCGCUGCAUCUUCACCCACGAAGGGCAGGAAGGUAUCUUUUACCUGCCCUCGAGGGUGGAAAAAAUGCAAAGAAACCCAGCAGCUCCAAGCCUGGUCAGGCAGGGGAUCUCCUGUGCUGCUGAGCCAGUGCCGCCCUGACCCCUCUCUGCAAAGCAGGCCACGUCCACGUCGCUGAAUCGUUUGGCCACAAGAGUGCACUGCAGCCUUUGCAAACA